AUGUUCUGCCACAGAAAGUCCACAUCCCGAGCUCCGGGGGAAGAAGUCGGCACCAGCAGGGGCAAAAGUGAAGUGCAAUCUCCGUCUCGCAAUUUCUUUACGAGGAGAGCGGGCUUACCAUGGUAUCUGAGGCAAGUCCUGCAAACCCUUCUGGUCAUGUAUCGCUGCUCCUCACGGGUCCUGGCAGAGCCAGAGGAGAAUUUCGUGAUCCGCGUGGAGCGGCUGUUGGACAACGAGCUCGUCAGGUUUGUGAUCUCGCAGCAGCAGCAGCUGUCUGCGAAGAACCAGGCCACGGGCAGCACGAUGCUGGCAGAAAGCAUGAUCUUCAAAGAUGCUCGAACAGGUAGCAUGCGCAGCCGGUCCAAGGGCCACAUACAGGAAAGGGAACAACGACAGCUCGACGAGGACUCUGAUCACGAGGACAUGGACGUCCUCUCCAACGCAGGAGCUCGUCCAGGCAAUUGGUCCAGCGAAAUAUCUCGCACUUCAAGCGGCGACUCUGGAGAGAGGAGGAACGGUGAUGAACCACAGCGCGUGCUCAAAGCACCGUUCUUCCGGUCAUGGGAGGACUUCAUGGAGUUCGACAACAACUUUAAGCACAAGAUCCCGAUCACGCAGAGCGAUUUCUCCCUUUUGCUGGAGAAGGAGGCGCAAAACAUGCAAGGCUGGGAUAUGUGCGUCGACCGCAAGGAAAUCAAGGUUGCCAAGACGCUGCAAUCCGAUGGCGGUGGCUGCAUUUUCUUGCGUGCGUGGUCGUCGCUACCGGAUGUGGAGUUGCCGGUUGUAUUCCACAUGUUCUACAAAUGUGAGAAGCGUAUGGAGUGGGACCGGGCAUUCUUUGAGAUGAAGGUCCUCGACCAAAUCGAGGGCUCCGACAUUCUCUACAGCGUGUUGCGAGUCCCCGCAUGCACGCCCCGCGACUACGUCCAGUACCGGCGGGUCAAAGUCUUAGAGGACGGAACAAUUCUCAUCAGUCUUCGCUCGGCCAUCCACCCCGACAUGCCGGAGAAGAACGGGUACAUCCGUGCCGAGUCGUUCACUUCCGGCUACGUCAUGCGCCCAUACGACGAUGGGAAGGAGAAGGGCACCAAAGUUUUUCUGAUGACAAUGACCGAUGUGAAGGGUAUCAUCCCGAAGUGGAUGAUUAACUUCGUUGCUCCUCGGAAGCCCGGUGAGUGGGUUGACUGCCUGAAACGAGCGUGCCUCGACUAUCAGAGUGCCAAUCCAGACUACCCAAAGCUUGAAAAGGAUCUGGAGCCCUUCAAGCACAACCAUCCUUUUGACUACGAGGACACGACCAUCGAGACGUCCCCAGCUGGAGAUCUUGCAACUCGCAAACAGUCCCCGACGUGGGUGACCCUCUGA